AUGAACAGUGAACACCCUACUGUAGCCUAUCUAGAGACCAAGUUGAAAGGACUGGUGGUGUUUUUCACUGGAGCCUCCAGUGGUAUAGGGGAGGAGCUGGCUUACCAACUAGCUGGAUGUGGGUCUCGUCUGAUUCUAUCAGCCCGCUGUGUGGAUGAGUUGGAUCGGGUGAAACGUCACUGUUUGGAGCGCUCCAAUUUACAAGAGAAGCAUAUUCUUGUACUUCCACUUGAUUUGCUGGAGAGGCAAAAACUAAAACUGUUAUCCAGCAAUUUGGCAAUUUAUAGCUCUCCCUUAUCACUCUUUAUUUCAAUUGACAUCCUGAUUAACAAUGGUGGCCGCAGCCAGCAUUCUCUGUCCCUGGAGACCAGUGUAGAUGUGUACCAGGUCCUGAUGGAACACAACUUCCUGGGCACAGUGUCAUUCACCAAGCAGGUGUUGCCCCACAUGAUGCAGCGAGGCUCAUGCAGUGUAGUGACUGUAAGCAGCACCCCUGGCAACUGUGAUACUCUACCAGUUAACAUGCUCUUCGAGUGAGCUCAAUCAUGGGCUGCACCAUCUAGACACAUACAUUGAGGCUUCUUCAAUUAUCUUUGCCCAGAGUUGAUCCCAAGGAUACUCAUCAGCACAGUAUGUCCAGGGCCUGUACUGUCACAGAUAGCCCAGAACACUUUCACAGAGGAACUAUCUAAGGCCAUUCUCACUGCUGGGGACCAACAACACAAGAUGUCUACUAGUCGUUGUGUGUGUCUCAUCCUGGUGGGUAUAACCAAUGGCGCCAAGGAGAUGUGUAUCGCCUGGUAGACUGUUAAUCAAAUCAAAUUUAUUUAUAUAGCCCUU